AUGUUGAUAGCAUUUCUAGUCGGGUUUCUAUGCGGUUGCGCACUUCUUCUGGGAAUUCUAUACAUCUUCAUCGUUGAUCCAUGGGCACCUCCUACAAAUCAACAGCAACCGCCCAUCGAACAGUUCCGUCCUGUCCAGAUCCCAGAAGAACUACGUGGAUUUUUGAAGUCAGGAGAGGACGGACAAGGGAUUUCCAGAUGGGAAUCAUGUAAUUCUAUCAGUCUUCUCCUUCAUAUGCUAUUCCAAGAACACAAAGAUACGAGAGCGUUGAGAAGAUGGGUGCACAAACGACUUCAAAUGGAGUUGAAUGACAUCACAACUCGCUCGGCGGCUGGGCGACUAAUUCAAGAAAUUCGUAUUCGAGAAUUGUCACUUGGCACGAAAUUCAUGACUAUCAAUUCGAUUCGAGUGGAGAAUGUCGAGAUGGCGGAGGACAAGAAUACUUUUGAGAAAAUCGUGUUCAUUCUCGACAUCGACUACUCGGGUGGCUUCGAAACCUCUAUCGAUGUGUCGACAAUUAUCACAAAGAAAGCGAGUUUAUCGGUGAAAAUCACGAAAUUGACUGGAAUGGUUCGAGUGAUUCUUUCGAGACAGCCAUAUCAUCACUGGACAUUUUCAUUCGUUACUCAGCCGGUUUUUGAGACUGAUAUCAACUCACAAAUUCAAGGCCACCAACUGAAGCGACUCAUCCCAAUAAUUAAAGAAGCGAUUCGUCGAUCAUUGCAGAGGAAACAUGUGUGGCCGAAUUACAAGAUCCGAUACCGGCCGUUCUUCCCGAAUCCAAUAUUCCAAGCGUCUCCACCAAUAAACAGUUUCACUCAUAUCAAAAUGGAAGGCGGCAUGGAAGUGACGGUUCUUCAAUGCUCUCGUCUCAAAAACGCACUUCUCGAAGACAAAACGAAGAACUAUGAGAUCUAUUGCACAGUUUCCAUCGAAUCCCGCCCAAUUGUCCAAAAUGAAGAACAAGGACACGUCGUCAAUGUACUCCUCACAUUCUCUCGUUAUGAUGUCGCCAGUCCGAUUGGGUUGGUUUUUGAUAAAAGUGUGCAGACGACGGGAGUCAAUGCAAAUCGAGCUGUCAAAGUUUGUACUGUAGAGGAUAACAGUUUGGCGGAUAAAGCGGCAUUUAAACCUGGAGAUGUGCUAGUUGCUAUCAAUAAUGUACCGAUUCGAUCCGAGAGGCAAGCGACGAGAUUCUUGCAAUCGACUACUGGAGAUUUGACGGUUUUAGUGGAGAGAAGUCUUGACGAUAUUGAUGAUGAAGAAUCGAAAGAAGCCGAAAUCAUUGUGAGCACUGUACGAGAUCUCGAUGGAGCAGUUCUCGGAGGAGAUGCCGAUACGACGAGUCUCAUGAGUACAGCAUCGGUGACGACGAGCGAGAAUCAGAGGGAUUCGAUGAGUGAGAAGACAGAAGUAACGUUGAGAGCAACGAAGAGUGAUGCCAGCGCCCUUGCCGCCAGACGACGUCAUAGUGUAUCCAAUUUCGAGUCAUCUGUAGUGGAUACCAACACCGAAUCGGUGGCUUCAUCGAUUUUUGGAUUAGGUAUGUUUUAG